GAGAGAAAGAUAUUUGUUCGUUUUCCGUAAAACCCACCCCAAAACCCUACUUCUCCUUCUUACUGUGAUUUCUAUUAUCCUUUUUCUUCUUCUUCUUACACUGUCUGUCUCACAUCCAACUGAUUCUACCGAAACCUUCAUUCAUGAUGAGAGAUACAUAACAUACAUAACACUGAGCGGCGAGAUGAGAGGAAAGGGAACGAUUGUGCCACCGAGUUAUUCUAGCGGUGGAAAAGUUCUUCCAAGAGAGAAAUUUGAUGCUACUUCAUCUUCUUCAAGAUAUGAUGAUAUGGAAGUUCAUGGAAACGGUAAGAGAAAUCAAAAACGGAAAUGUCUUGAAGAGUUGUAUACAACAAGUCGCAUUGUAAAUGAUGGUCCUGCUUUGGGGCGCGAGUUCGAUUCUCUUCCUUCAGGAUCCAAAAAUUACACUGCUGCGUGUCAACAGGACCAAGAGCCCGUCAAAAGGAGAAAGGCUUCCAAGAAUGCAAUUCAAAAUCGUCCUAAUUGUAAUACGAAAGAACCUGUGAAGAAACAUGGUAUGGGCAAAGGUCUGAUGGCAGUUUGGAGGGCAACAAAUCCUGAUGCCAGAAACACUCCAGUUGGUUUUGGGUUUGCUGACCGAGAAGUUCAUCUAACCUCUAAUUCUAAAACACCAAUGUCGACCAACAGGCCACGGAAAGCAGUAACCACAAAUGCAAAACCAAGAAAUAAGAUUCCAAAUAGGAAAACUACAUUACAGGAGAAGAGGAAACAGUUCGUGCAAAAUAGAGUGGGUGAAUCAAACCAAUAUGUGACUCAAAACCAGCCUCCCAUAGAAAAAUGUGAACUUGCUUUAGAUAACUCAAUAUCCGAGGAGGGCUUUGAUCAAAUUUCAAUGUUAAUCGAUGAUGAAGAGUUAGAGCUGAGAGAGUUACAAGAAGGAACUAAUCUGUUUAUUUGUUCAGAUCAACUAUCUGCCAGUGGAAUGCUUGGUGGCUCACUUUGUCCAGAUGUGCUAGUCAAGUUCCCCCCAGGUGCUAUCAAGAUGAAGAAACCUAUACAUUUGCAACCUUGGGACUCCUCCCCAGAAUUGGUGAAGAAAUUAUUUAAGGUGUUCCACUUCAUUUAUACAUACGCUGUAGUUGUUGAUGUUUGUCCCUUCACUCUCGAUGAGUUUGUUCAGGCAUUUCAUGAUAAGGAUUCAAUGUUACUUGGAAAGAUUCAUGUGGCCCUUCUCACACUGCUUCUAUCUGACAUCGAAGUUGAGCUUUCUAAUGGGUUUUGUCCUCAGUUAAAUAAGUCAUGCAACUUUCUUGCGCUACUUCACUCCGUUGAAAAUCAAGAAUAUUCCCUUGACGUUUGGAGAAGAUCUCUAAACCCUCUUACUUGGAUUGAAAUACUCCGUCAAGUGCUGGUAGCUGCUGGAUUCGGUUCCAAGCAAGGUUCCUUACGAAGAGAUGGCCUUGGCAAGGAAUUGGAUAUUCUUGUAAACUAUGGCCUAUGCCCUGGCACCUUGAAGUGUGAGUUGUUUAAAAUCUUGUCAGAACGAGGUAACAAUGGGUGCAAAGUUUCUGAGCUGGCAAAGUCAAUGCAGAUUGCAGAAUUAAACCUUGCCAGCACAACAGACGAACUAGAGUCUUCAAUAUAUUCCACACUUUCAAGUGAUAUUACUUUAUUUGAAAAGAUUUCAUCGUCUGCAUAUCGAUUGCGUAUGAGCACUGUUUCAAAGGACAAUGAUGAUUAUGAGUCAGAUACAGAGGACUCUGGAAGUGUUGAUGAUGAGCUUAACAAUGAUACAUGUAGCAGUGGAGAUGAUUUUGAAAGCGGUUCAAUAAACUCUAAUAUAAGAAAAUUUAAGCGUGAUAACAAUCGUAAAGUUAAACAUAAUAGGCUGAAAGUUUACACUGAAAUUGAUGAGAGCCGUACAGGAGAAGUGUGGUUGUUAGGACUGAUGGAUAGUGAAUACUCAGAUUUGAAAAUUGAAGAAAAAUUGAAUGCGUUGGCAGCGUUGACCGGUCUUGUUUCAUCCGGAGCCAGCAUCAGGUUGAAGGAUCCUGUAAAAGUUACAGCUGAUUGUAGUUCUAGUAUCCCAUUACGUGGUUCUGGAGCAAAAAUUAAGAGAUCAGUGGUAAAGAAGCCCGGUUCGUUUUUUAACCCAAUUGAACAAAUGCAAUGUAUUAAGGAGGUUCACAUGAAUUCUCACCCCGGUCCAGUAGAUUCCUCAUUGUUAGUCUCAAAAUUCCAUACGCUGGAGGCAACCUUUAAGAAAAGAAAAGGUUCAGAUGAUUCACACCCCAUACAAUCAGUGUUUUUGGGAUCUGAUCGUCGGUACAAUAGAUACUGGCUCUUCUUAGGCCCUUGUAAUGUAGGUGAUCCUGGCCACAGGAGGGUAUACUUUGAAUCCUCUGAAGAUGGCCACUGGGAGGUGAUUGAUACAGAAGAGGCAUUGUGUGCAUUGUUGUCAGUUCUGGAUGAUAGAGGGAAACGUGAGGCUCUUCUUAUUGAAUCUUUGGAGAGACGGCAAACAUCUCUAUGCAGAUAUAUGUCCAGGAUUAAGGUUAACGAUAUUGGAAUGAGGUGUAUGUCACAUUCUGAUCAGUCUGAGCUGGAUAGGGUUACAGAAGAUAGCUGUUCUCCAGUAUCUGAUGUAGAGAACCUGAAUCUGGCUGAGUCUGCUAGAGACUCUAUGCCGUCAUCUGGGGCAGUGGUAAUUGAAGCUGGGAAGAAAGCAGAGGAACAACUGGAAAAAUGGAUCCGUGUUCAAAAUUACGAUUCAUGGAUUUGGAAUUCAUUUUAUUUAGAUCUCAAUGUUGUAAAAUAUGGCAGAAGGUCUUAUCUUGACUCUCUCGCCAAGUGUAGGAGUUGCCAUGAUCUAUACUGGAGAGAUGAGAGACACUGUAAACUUUGCCAUAUGACAUUUGAACUUGAUUUUGACCUAGAAGAAAAAUAUGCAAUCCACAUAGCCAUGUGCAGGGAGAAAGAAGAUAGCAAUACAUUUCCGAAUCAUAAAGUCUUGUCAUCCCAGAUUCAAUCAUUGAAAGCUGCAAUUUAUGCAAUUGAGUCUGUUAUGCCUGAAGAUGCCCUUGUUGGCGCGUGGAGGAAGUCUGCCCAUAAUCUAUGGAUCAAAAGGCUUAGACGCACCUCGACUUUAGUGGAGCUUUUGCAGGUUCUUGCUGAUUUUGUUGGUGCCAUCAACGAGGGCUGGUUAUUUCAGUGCAAAUUUCCAGAUGGCGUGGUUGAAGAAACAAUUGCAUCUUUUGCAUCAAUGCCCCAUACUUCAUCUGCCCUUGCUCUGUGGUUGGUGAAGUUAGAUGCCAUAAUUGAUCCUUAUCUCGACAGAGUCCAAACUCAGAAGAAACAGGGAAAUGGUAAGCAUGGUUCUGGCUGACAGGCUUACUUUUAUACAAGUAUAAAUACAUUCAUGUUAUUGGAAUUGAAGUGUGAAGGCACCACCUGUUCCGCUCGAUGACGCUCCAACUGUUUAAUCUUACUUGAUCAGAGAUGUGUUUUGGCUUCAAUUGGUUCUUUGUAUUUUCAAUGACAACAAUUUGAUAAAGGAAAAACUGUGCACGUCAAAUCACAGUAAUUUUUUUCCAACUUUGGUUUCUCUUUCUUCCAUGUAUAUAGGCAAUCCGGUUGAUACGAUGUAUAGUUUUAGGUUAGAACAAUAUUGGGUAAGUUGAGUUUUUGCUGCGUAACCCCCACUUUGUUUGUACACAAGGCCACCCCGCGGUUCUUUAUGGUUGUUUGUGCUUUGUGGUCUUCUCUUUUGAGAAAUCAAUUUUGCCUGCAUAUCUUGCAGAAUAAUGUAGACUGAUUAAAUAAUAAUUUGUAUUACGAGUAUUAUUAGCAUUGUUUCUAAAAGAUCAUAAAUUGAGCAAGUUUUUGUCCCCUUCGAUUGUUGGAAUGUGAUUUUUUUUAAUAAUGUUUCAAUCACCCUAAAAACCGAAAUAUAUAUAUAAAAUAGGAAAGGUAGUAAAUGUAAUAAAAAAACAAGACAAAUAGCAAGGUUAUCAAA